GGCGACCAGAGCUUGAGCCAGAGCUCUGAGCUGGUGGUCCCUGAUCAGCCUCCCAGCAGAGAGAAGCCCUUCAGGUGCUUGGAAUGUGGGAAGAGCUUCAGGAAGAGCACCAAACUCCUCACCCACCAGCACAUCCACACUGGGGAACGGCCCUACACGUGUAGGGAAUGUGGGAAGAGCUUCAGGCAGAGCUCCACCCUGAUCCGACACCAGCACAUCCACAGUGGGGAACGGCCCUACACAUGUAGGGAGUGUGGGAAGAGCUUCAGGGACAGCUCCACCCUGAUCCUACACCAGCACAUCCACAGUGGGGAACGGCCCUACACAUGUAGGGAGUGUGGGAAGAGCUUCAGGGACAGCUCCACCCUGAUCCUACACCAGCACAUCCACAGUGGGGAACGGCCCUACACAUGUGGGGAAUGUGGGAAGAGGUUUCAGCUCAGGGGUACUCUCCUCAGGCAUGAGCAGACACACACGGAUGAGAGGCCCUUCUGCUGCACUGACUGCGGGAAGGGCUUUAAGCGGAACUGCACCCUCAUCAGGCACCGGCGCAUCCACAGCGGGGAGAGGCCCUACAAGUGUGGGGAGUGUGGGAAGAGCUUCACCCAGAGCGGUAACUUGACCUCACACCAACGGACCCACCAGUAAGGGGAACCCUGCGAGUGCCCCGACUGCGGGAAGAGCUUCGGCCGCUGCUUCCACCCCGAAUGAACCCCCUGAUGGGGAGGCAACCCCUGGAGU